CGUUGUUGAUUGCUUUGAAGUUUUGGACAGAUUCUGACAGGAAAUGUCAAAAAGUGGCAGUUCACUCACUCUUUGUAGACCUGACUGACUACCGCUAGCUCUCAUCUUCUGAGCAGUUUCCAUUUCAUACUUUUAAGAGAAUUCUGCGAAGGAUUAAAUCAUGGUAAAAGCGGACGACGGUUCAACCAAUACUCAAACCUUCGACAACGAAGGCUUCGACGCUCUCGACGUCGGCACAAUGAAGGAAAACGGAGGCGCUUUCAACGGCAUCUCGGCCAAGGAACCGGAAUCAAAGGAAGUCGAAGACGUGAUCGAACCGGAGACGAAGAAGAGCAAACUGGACCUCGACAUAGAAGAUGGCAAGUCAAAUGACCAUGAAGAGAAUGUAAAUUUUCAGAUGACAUUGUGGAAGCAUAUUUACCGGGUCACCGAUAAGGUCUCUCUCGAACUCACAAAGAACAAAACCGUCAUCGUCAACGUCAUCAAAACGGUCUUUCUGCUUCUCUUCGCCGCCUACCUCAUCUACGCGUGCAUCUACGACUUCGAAGAGGCUUUCGUCGUUCUCAUCUUUACCUCACUCGCGGCCUUGGGCGCCACGUACGCCCUCGUCAGGAAUACGAAGGGUGACGUCAUCUUCGAGAAAUGCCUCUACCCUAUGUGGCAGAUGGCAGUCCGAGGAGUAGAGAAGACAAAGUGGAUUCUGGCGGUCCUAGCAGUUGUAGGGUUCGGCGUCAUCCUCUUCUUCUUAACACGGGAAAAUCCCAUCCAACUGGUGUCUUUCGGCGGUCUCGUCAUCUUCACUGUCCUCCUGUAUGUCUUCUCCAAGUAUCCAGAGAAGGUAAAAUGGAGGCCUGUGAUUUGGGGCCUGGUCCUGCAAUUCAUCUUUGGGAUCCUGAUCCUGCGGACCUACCCCGGCUACGUACUCUUCCAGUGGAUCGGUAACGUGGUCCAGGCCUUCCUUGGCUUCUCAAGGGCCGGCUCCUUAUUCCUCUUCGGAGAGAAUUACAACGAACAUUAUUUUGCUUUUGCUGUUCUACCGAUCAUCAUCUACUUCAGCAGUGCCAUCUCGAUCCUCUACUACAUCGGCGCCAUGCAGUUCGUGAUCAGGAAGCUGGCAUGGGUGAUGCAGCGAACGAUGAAGACCUCCGCCUCGGAGUCGCUCAACGCCGCUGGUAACAUCUUCAUCGGACAGACCGAAGCACCAUUGCUCAUUCGGCCGUUCUUGAAAGACAUGACGCGGUCAGAAAUACACGCGGUCAUGACCGGAGGCUUCGCGACCAUCGCCGGUAGCGUACUGGGUGCGUACGUACUGAGCGGUAUAAGCGCGGCUCAUCUGGUCUCCGCCUCGGUCAUGUCCGCGCCUGCAGCUCUGGCGGUGUCAAAGCUCUUCUAUCCGGAGACUGAAAAAUCCAAGACGGCGAAUUCAGACAACUUGGUCAUUGAGAAAGGGACCGAGAGAAACUUUAUAGAAGCCGCGGCAUCCGGGGCAUCUACUGCUAUUCCUCUAGUACUCAACAUUGCUGCCAACCUCGUCGCCUUCAUCUCCCUUCUCGCUCUGGUCAAUGCACUUCUCAGCUAUUUCGGAGGUUUAGUGGGAUAUCCUGAACUUACCUUUGAAUUGAUCUGCUCAUACGUCUUCAUGCCAGUUGCUUUCAUCAUGGGUGUCGAGUGGGCCGACUGCCGGCUCGUCGCCGAACUCAUCGGCAUCAAGACGUUCGUCAACGAGUUCGUUGCUUACGAUAAACUUGCUACGUUUAUUGACAACAGGGAGACCGGUGCCGGACCAACGCUAUCGGAACGGUCUGAGGUCAUCGCAACAUACGCCCUCUGCGGUUUCGCCAACAUUUCAUCAAUAGGUGUUCAGCUGGGAGGGUUAGCGCCCCUAGCACCCAGCAGGAAACCCGACCUAGCAGCCGUGGUAAUCAGGGCAUUAAUAGCAGGGACAACUGCCUGCUUCAUGACAGCUUGUAUAGCAGGAAUAUUGUUUGUACCAGAAGAGGUUGUAUCAGGGAACGUCACUACUCCCAUCCCCAUGACAACCAUCUACUAGCCAAUGAAAAUUCAAGUCCACUUCCGUUUGGCGCCAAAUAGUACCUCAUGAACUUUGACCCUUUGUGUACUUUGAAGUGAAGUUAAGUGUUAAGUGUACUGCUCUAAUACUAGUAUUUUUAAGUACUAUAUAUUACUUCCAAGUACUCGUGUAGAUAUAAAAUGUGAAUACAUAUAACGAAAUGUGGUAUCAUAAUGAUGAUCCUGUGUUUCUGCCAAGUGUAUGAGGAAGUACAGAGAGAGAGAGGGAGAGAGAGAGAGAGAGAGAGAGAGAGAGAGAAAAGAAAAGAGGAGUAUUAAUAAUAAUGCUAAUACUAAUGUUUUGCAUUAUAAUGUUAUACAUAAUAGCGUUGGGUUGAGGAAAAUUUAGAGUAAUUAUUAAAAAACGACAAACAUCAUUCUUAUCCACCUAACUGCCUUAAAGGAAGUGCGCAAUAUUGCAACUCACUGCCUGUCCGCCUACACAAAAUUGUCACUGCCAAAAUAUAUGUAGGACCGGAGCUAUCUAUACACAGAGUUGGAUACAAUAUGACGACUACUGCUUUGUUGGGCAAGCACAAAAUAACAGAAUAUACGCUAUGUUGUGACCCAGUGAAACCAAGUUGGCCAAACUCUGUGUACAGAUAGCUCUGUGUAGGACUGUAUUUAUGAAGAGAUGCAAUCAUCAUGUUUUACAAACGAAAUGUGUUCCAAGCAACAACAACCAAAUAUAUAUAUAUUAUAUUAUAAAGACUUUGUGCAUAAGUGGUGAUAUUGAUUCAUUGGAACUAGAUGUUUGAUGAUCAUGGUUUAUACUUUAUAAUCCUGCGAGCUUCCAUCUGUAAUCAGAGAAUGUCAUUUGCAGAUCGUUAUUUAUUAUAAGAAGACAUCUUUUUUCCCCUUCAUCUUUUACUAUUACAUUCCAAAUUUUGUAAGUUUUUUUUUAAAAAUUACCAUUCGCAAGGUUUCGUGCCCUGGAGAAUGUAAACAAAAAAGUAAUACAUUUUGUUGCCCUCAGUUUAUAAAUAAAAUGCGCAAAUGGAGAUUCGGGGGAGGGGGCUAUGGGCCGUUUCUUUUGAGAAAGAAAAACACAACAAGUUUUUUUUUUAAGGGUUUAUAAUCGUUGUUUUGUUGGGGGAUCCCAUUUUGGUCAAUUAAGAGGUCCGACAUCAGUCCCAAAUUCGUUUUGUAGGUAAGCAAUUUUCGGGCAUUUCUCUUUACUCCCGUUCUUCUUUUUUGUUGUUAACGAUCUAUAUUAUUGUUUAUGAACUACGUUUUGUUCUCUCUUGCAAAUUUUUGAGUUUCUUUGAAUCAAAAUCAUGUCGAAAGUGAGACUGUGGUUAAUAGAACAUUGCAACACAAUUUGGAGGAAAACAAUACCAAAGAAUACCCGAUGUUUAUCUCAGUAACCAUAGUUACUGAGAUAAACACUGGGCAAAUGCAAAUAGAUCAUGGGAUAAUCGAACCAAACUGCUUGCUUUGAGUAGAGGAGUUUCUAAUUUGUAUUUUCUAAAUUUAUGAGGAAUAAGCAACCAUAAUAAAUUAGAUGAACAAGGUUUGUGCAACGCAAUGGCAAUUUAUGUUUGUAUAAUGUGAUAUUUUAAACAAUUAAAUGAUGGAAUAUAUUCUGUAAAAAA